GUUGCGAUAAGAUGUUCAUUAGAAAUAGGUAAUUUUGUGUUUUGUGUUCAACCAAUCGGAUUAAUCAAUAACGCGUGAGAAAAGAACGUUGGUCAAAUUUGCCAAGCGAUAUUAAAGGAGUCCACUUCACUUUCAUCAUGACGGCUUCGAGAAGAAUCUUUCAGAAUGCGGAGCUAAUAUGCGGCAGCGGCCUGGUAUCAUUUUACGCUGCUUACGUCGAGUAUAUCAGCCCAUACCUGUUUUUUUCCGUCAGUAUAAUAGGAUCAACGUUGAAUAUAUUCAAUAUCAUCGUGUUCACGAGGAAAUCCAUGAUUUCGCCCAACAACCUGAUUUUCGCUCAUUUAUCCAUCGUCGAUUUAGCUACCCUAAUUGCUUACAUGCCACGCUGGGCUAACGAGGCUAUAAGACGCAAGAUGUACUCUGUUAAAGAGCACAGGACAUACGAAUGGGAAACAAUAGGCAUGUUUUCGUAUCAAGUCUCAGCAACAUUCCACGGAAUAUCAGUCUGGCUGGCUAUCAUGUUAGCAGUUUGGCGAUCCAUAGCCAUCGCACAUCCUUUGAAGGAACGCCAAUGGUGUAAUUUGAAAACCACCAAGAUUUUCAUAGCUGUGGGAUAUGUAAUCUGUUCCUCGAUGAUAAUACCAGGUUAUUUCACAGCUGAAGUUCGACCAUUAGAACGGUUACUCGAUAGCGAUGGAUAUAUAACCUCUAAUCGGACUAUCGGUAUUCCAACCAAAGUUUACAUAUUACAAAGGGCUGAAUGUAGCGAAGCAAUAUCAAUAAUGUCAGCGUUGAUCGGUGCAGUCUUCGUGAAAAUGGUGCCAAUGACUAUUGUGUCUGUGUACAGUAUUAAAUGUAUCGUGGCUCUACAACGAGCGAAAAGCCGACGCAAGAAAUUAACAAUCAGAUCGUACCAAAGGAAUGAAGCAAACACAAGAAAAAGUUCAUUGACAGAUCGAACAACAAGAAUGUUAUUAGUAAUAUUAGCUUUAUUCUUUAUACCUGAAAUGCCACCCGCAAUAGGUUUUAUAUUGAUUGUAAUCAUUGGUAAGAAGUUUAGCGUGUGUUAUGCGUACUUAUUUGAAGUAUUCAACGCUACAGUCUUGAUCUGCAUAUCGUGUAAUUUUAUAGUUUAUUAUACAAUGAGUCGACAGUUUCGGGACACUUUUAUCCAACUGUUUAGUAGUAAGCCAUCUUCUGAUCAGCAAAAACCUGCCCUCACUUUAGCUGAUCAAGAGAUCCAUGUGUGAUGUGAUAUGAUACUUUCGCACGAUCGAGUGUCAAAAUAGACAAUUUGAGGAGUAUUACGAUAAUCACCUCAAUUCAUACGAGUAUGUAAUGAAGUGAUACGGUACUUGAAUAAAACAUAUGAAUUGAAAAAUUGCUAAUUUUAAUCAAG